GGGAGCCGCCUCUCGCCCGCGGCGCUCGCCCCUGCCGCCCGCCGGCAUCCCUCGUCCCGCGGCCGCGCUCAGACAACAAAAGCGGAAGAUGCUGCAGUUGGGCAAGGUCAGGACCUCGCCCUGAAGCCGGCGGCGCCGUGCACGCGUCUCCCCGGACCGAGGAGCUGCCGCCCGCGGCGGGUGUAUGUUCGCGAGGAAGGCGCCGGGCGCCGCGCCGUUGGGAGCUAUGCCUGUCCCAGACCAGCCUUCAUCAGCCUCAGAGAAGACGAGUUCCCUGAGCCCCGGCUUAAACACCUCCAAUGGGGAUGGAUCUGAAACAGAAACCACCUCUGCAAUCCUCGCCUCAGUCAAAGAACAGGAAUUACAGUUUGAGAGGCUGACCCGAGAGCUGGAGGCUGAACGGCAGAUCGUAGCCAGCCAGCUGGAGCGAUGCAAGCUGGGGUCCGAGACCGGCAGCAUGAGCAGCAUCAGUUCAGCAGAAGAGCAGUUUCACUGGCAGUCACAAGAUGGUCAAAAAGAUAUCGAAGAUGAGCUUACAACAGGUCUCGAGCUGGUGGACUCCUGUAUUAGGUCACUACAGGAAUCAGGAAUACUUGACCCACAGGAUUAUUCUGCAGGUGAAAGGCCCAGCCUGCUCUCCCAGAGUGCACUUCAGCUCAAUUCCAAACCUGAAGGGUCUUUCCAGUAUCCGGCCAGCUACCAUAGCAACCAGACCCUGGCCCUGGGGGAAACCACCCCUUCACAGCUCCCGGCCCGAGGCACACAAGCCCGAGCUGCAGGCCAGAGCUUCAGCCAGGGCACGACCAGCCGCGCCGGCCACCUGGCGGGGCCCGAGCCCGCGCCGCCGCCGCCGCCGCCGCCGCGGGAGCCGUUCGCGCCCAGCCUGGGCAGCGCCUUCCACCUGCCCGACGCGCCGCCUGCCGCCGCCGCCGCCGCCGCCGCGCUCUACUACUCCAGCUCCACGCUGCCCGCGCCGCCGCGCGGGGGCUCCCCGCUGGCCGCGCCCCAGGGCGGCUCGCCCACCAAGCUGCAGCGCGGCGGCUCGGCCCCCGAGGGCGCCACCUACGCCGCGCCGCGCGGCUCCUCGCCCAAGCAGUCGCCCAGCCGCCUGGCCAAGUCCUACAGCACCAGCUCGCCCAUCAACAUCGUCGUGUCCUCGGCCGGCCUGUCCCCGAUCCGCGUGACCUCGCCCCCCACCGUGCAGUCCACCAUCUCCUCCUCGCCCAUCCACCAGCUGAGCUCCACCAUCGGCACGUACGCCACCCUGUCGCCCACCAAGCGCCUGGUCCACGCGUCCGAGCAGUACAGCAAGCACUCGCAGGAGCUGUAUGCCACGGCCACCCUCCAGAGGCCGGGCAGCCUGGCAGCUGGGUCUCGAGCCUCAUACAGCAGCCAGCAUGGGCACCUGGGCCCAGAGCUGCGGGCCCUGCAGUCCCCAGAACAUCACAUAGAUCCCAUCUACGAAGACCGCGUCUAUCAGAAGCCCCCUAUGAGGAGUCUCAGCCAGAGCCAGGGGGACCCUCUGCCGCCAGCACACACCGGCACCUACCGCACGAGCACAGCCCCAUCUUCCCCUGGUGUCGACUCCGUCCCCUUGCAGCGCACAGGCAGCCAGCAUGGCCCGCAGAAUGCCGCCGCGGCCACCUUCCAGAGGGCCAGCUAUGCCGCAGGCCCAGCCUCCAAUUACGCGGACCCCUACCGACAGCUGCAAUAUUGUCCCUCUGUUGAGUCUCCGUACAGCAAAUCCGGCCCUGCUCUCCCGCCCGAAGGCACCUUGGCCAGGUCCCCGUCCAUUGAUAGCAUUCAGAAAGAUCCCAGAGAAUUUGGAUGGAGAGACCCGGAACUGCCGGAAGUGAUUCAGAUGUUGCAACACCAGUUUCCCUCCGUCCAGUCUAAUGCAGCAGCCUACCUGCAACACCUCUGCUUUGGAGACAACAAAAUUAAAGCUGAGAUAAGAAGACAAGGAGGCAUCCAGCUCUUGGUGGACCUGUUGGAUCAUCGGAUGACUGAAGUCCACCGUAGCGCCUGUGGAGCUCUGAGAAACCUGGUGUAUGGGAAGGCCAAUGAUGAUAACAAAAUUGCCCUGAAAAACUGUGGCGGCAUCCCAGCGCUGGUGAGGUUACUCCGCAAGACCACCGACCUGGAGAUCCGGGAGCUGGUCACAGGAGUCCUCUGGAACCUCUCCUCAUGCGAUGCACUCAAAAUGCCAAUCAUCCAGGAUGCCCUGGCAGUACUGACCAACGCAGUGAUUAUCCCCCACUCAGGCUGGGAAAAUUCGCCUCUUCAGGAUGAUCGGAAAAUACAGCUGCAUUCAUCACAGGUGCUGCGUAACGCCACCGGGUGCCUAAGGAAUGUUAGUUCGGCCGGAGAGGAGGCUCGCAGAAGGAUGCGAGAGUGUGAUGGACUCACAGAUGCCUUGCUGUACGUGAUCCAGUCUGCACUGGGGAGCAGUGAGAUCGAUAGCAAGACCGUUGAAAACUGUGUGUGCAUUUUAAGGAACCUCUCGUACCGGCUGGCGGCAGAAACGUCUCAGGGACAGCACAUGGGCACGGACGAGCUGGACGGGCUACUGUGUGGCGAGGCCAAUGGCAAGGACGCCGAGAGCUCUGGUUGCUGGGGCAAGAAGAAGAAGAAAAAGAAAUCCCAAGAUCAGUGGGAUGGAGUAGGACCUCUUCCAGACUGUGCCGAACCACCAAAAGGGAUCCAGAUGCUGUGGCACCCAUCAAUAGUCAAACCCUACCUCACACUGCUCUCUGAGUGCUCAAAUCCAGACACGCUGGAAGGGGCGGCAGGCGCCCUGCAGAACUUGGCUGCAGGGAGCUGGAAGUGGUCAGUUUAUAUCCGAGCCGCUGUCCGAAAAGAGAAAGGCCUGCCCAUCCUCGUGGAGCUGCUCCGGAUAGACAAUGACCGCGUGGUGUGUGCGGUGGCCACAGCACUGCGGAACAUGGCCUUGGACGUGAGAAAUAAGGAGCUCAUUGGCAAAUAUGCCAUGCGAGACCUAGUCCACAGACUUCCAGGUGGGAACAACAGCAGCAGCACAGCAAGCAAGGCCAUGUCGGAUGACACAGUGACAGCCGUCUGCUGCACCCUGCACGAAGUGAUUACCAAGAACAUGGAGAACGCCAAGGCCUUACGGGAUGCCGGUGGCAUCGAGAAGUUGGUCGGCAUCUCCAAAAGCAAGGGAGAUAAACACUCUCCAAAAGUGGUCAAGGCCGCAUCUCAGGUCCUCAACAGCAUGUGGCAGUACCGAGAUCUGAGGAGUCUCUACAAAAAGGAUGGAUGGUCACAAUACCACUUUGUAGCCUCGUCUUCGACCAUUGAGAGGGACCGGCAGCGGCCCUACUCCUCCUCCCGCACGCCCUCCAUCUCCCCUGUGCGCGUGUCUCCCAACAACCGCUCAGCAAGUGCCCCAGCUUCACCUCGGGAAAUGAUCAGCCUCAAGGAAAGGAAAACGGACUACGAGUGCACCGGCAGCAAUGCCACCUACCAUGGAGCGAAAGGCGAACACACUUCCAGGAAAGAUGCCAUGACAGCUCAAAACACUGGAAUUUCAACUUUGUAUAGGAAUUCAUAUGGUGCGCCCACUGAAGACAUCAAACACAACCAGGUUUCAGCACAGCCAGUCCCACAGGAGCCCAGCAGAAAAGAUUACGAGACCUACCAGCCAUUUCAGAAUUCCACGAGAAAUUACGACGAGUCCUUCUUCGAGGACCAGGUCCACCAUCGCCCUCCCGCCAGCGAGUACACCAUGCACCUGGGGCUCAAGUCCACCGGCAACUACGUUGACUUCUACUCAGCUGCCCGUCCCUACAGUGAACUGAACUAUGAAACGAGCCACUACCCGGCCUCCCCCGACUCCUGGGUGUGAGGAGCGGGGCACAGGCGCUCCGGGAACAGUGCAUGUGCAUGCAUAACCACAAGACAUUUCUUUCUGUUUUAUUUUUUUCUCCUGCAAAUUUAGUUUGUUAAAGCCUGUUCCAUAGGAAGGCUGUGAUAACCAGUAAGGACCUUUUAAGAGCUAUUUUAGAAAGCUAAAUGAAUCGCAGGUUAACUUGGAAAUCAGUAGAACGCUAAAGCGAUCCUAAAUACGACAGUGGGUAGCACCUUUCUAGUGUGAGCUGUAGAGUAAUGCGAAGGGCUUUGUAUUGAACGUGGCUGAUGGGAGGAGAGACGAGGCAUUCAGGCCGGCGGGGCGUGAGGGUUAUCAUUAAGCACAAGACACAGAAUAGUUUACACACUGUAUGGGGGACGGCUUCUCACGCUUUGUUUAACUCUCUUCAUCCGUUGUGACUCUAGGCUUCAAGUUGCAUUGGGGUUCCUCUGUACAGCAAGAUGUUUCUUGCCUUUUGUUAAUGCAUUGUUGUAAAGUAUUUGAUGUACAUUACAGAUUAAAGAAGAAAAGCGCGUUGUGUAUAUUACACCAAUGCCGCCGUGUUUCCUCAUCUCUGGUUCUAAAUAUUGCUUCAAUUUCAAACUUUUGAAAGAUGUAUGGAUUUCCAGUUUUUCUUUACUUUCUCCCAGUAUGUUUUAAC